GUAACCACUGUUACGCCUGGAUAGGUCCAGAACCGAGGAUUUUCGUAAUGGAACCAGAACUCAUAAAGGAAAUAGUAACCAACAACACCAUCUUCAAAAAACCAAAACCAGCCCCACUUGUCCAGCUUCUUGUUAGUGGCAUCUCAAGCUAUGAGGACGAGAAAUGGGCUAAGCACAGAAAAAUUAUUAACACUGCAUUCUACGCCGAGAAAUUGAAGUGUAUGCUGCCAGCAAUGCAUACCAGCUGUGAGGAUAUGAUCAACAAGUGGGAAAUUCUUCUCUCCGAAAAUAAAUCCUACGAAUUGGACGUGCAUCCAUAUUUUGAAGAUUUAACAAGUGAUGUGAUUUCAAGAACAGCAUUUGGCAGUAGUUAUGCAGAAGGAACAAGAAUAUUUCAUCUUCAAAAAGAACUAGCUGAACUCACACGCCAAGCUUUCCAGUCGGUUUACAUUCCUGGGUGGAGGUAUUUACCAACAAGAACAAAUAGAAGAAUGAAAGCCAUUGACAAUGAACUUAGAGAUAUUUUAAGGAAGAUUGUGAGCAAGAGAGAAAGAGCAAUGAAGGUGGGAGAAGCAAGUGAUGAGGAGGACUUGUUGGGUAUUUUACUGAAGUCCAAUUUGAAGGAAAUUCAAGAAGGUGGAAGAAAGUUUGGUAUGACAACUGAUGAGGUGAUAGAAGAAUGCAAAAUCUUCUAUUUUGCUGGCCAAGAGAGCUCUUCAAAUUUACUCAUUUGGACUAUGGUUUUAUUAAGUAUGCACCAAAAUUGGCAAGCUCGCGCAAGAGAAGAGGUUCAGCAAGUCUUCCAAAACAAUAAACCAGAUUUUGAAGGGUUAAGCCGUCUCAAAAUUGUGACUAUGAUCCUGAAUGAGGUUCUAAGGUUGUAUCCACCUGCACCAUAUUUCGUACGAAAAGCAUACAAAGAGACAAAGCUAGGAAAUAUGAGUAUCCCUCCUGAAGUGAUCCUGGUAAUACCAACAAUAUUUGUUCAUCAUAAUCCAGAAUUAUGGGGUGAUGAUGUUAAGGAAUUCAAACCAGAGAGAUUUGCUGAGGGAAUUGCAACAGCGACAAAGAACAGACUUUGUUUCUUGCCUUUCAGUUGGGGUCCUCGUAUUUGCAUUGGUAACAAUUUUGCAAUUAUGGAAACUAAGAUUGCCUUAGCAAUGAUCCUUCAACGUUUUGCUUUCCAGCUUUCUCCAUCAUACACUCAUGCCCCUACUUAUGUCGUCACUCUUCGACCUCAGUGUGGUGCUCACUUAAUCUUGCAAAAAUUAUAGUCCUUAAUCUGGAUUUUGCCAUUAUUUAGUGCCUAAUAAUAUUUCUUUAUCACUAUUUUCCAUCUUUCAUGUUGUAAUCUUCAUUUCGUUUCUUUUUCUUUGUUUAUUUAUUUAUCUUUGUUUUUGGGAUGUCUUUUUUUGCCGUCCAGUUUGUAAACGAUCUCCUGAGCUGUGUUUACUAUUAUUCGUUCUUUUUGGCCUCCUAACUA